GUCGCUCGUGUUGCACGCCGUCUCGGAGCCAGUGUAGGCUGCAUUCGCAUGAGCUAGUCCGGACGCUGAGCCGACGGAUCUGAUCUUGGCUGUCGAGACACUCAUCGACGAGGGCGCCUGGCCCUUGACGCAAGACAGGGUACCUUGCGUUGCUUGGCGACUUGUCGACCACGCUCUCUGCAUUCUGUUCCUGACCGAUAGCCGCGAAGCCAUACGGCUAGCAGCAGCAGCGGCCACGAGAGACAGCUCGAGCUGAGCUACGACCCAUAGCGAUGAAGCGGCAUCAUCCGAAUGCGCAGGAUGGGCAACCAGCAGCCAAUGGGACAGGACCUAUCUCCUCUAGUCCACUGACACGACAGCUCAGCCAGGCCACGGGAUCGGGCUCCUCUGGCCUCGUGAGCCACGCUGCAGCUCAACCUAGUAGCAACGGCAGCAGUGCAGACGACUCGGCAGGCGAGAGCACGGUCUCGAGCCCGCCCCUCAUGUCUGCAUCCUCUUCAAAGCAAGCGAUGAACGGUACGCAUGCGUAUGCGCAGUAUUACAACGCGCACAGUGAAUACGGUCAUUCGGGCGAAUCGCAUUCGAGGGUACCAUCCGGCCUGGCCAGUAGUACUUCGAGCGCUGCCAGCUCCGUCGGCGAUGUAUCAGGCUACGGCUCAGACGGGCGCCACAGCUUCCAGGCAGAUUCUAGCCUGUUCAGCGUUGGCUCGAGCAGCAAACUCUAUCCACAUCAGCCGUACGGAUCAAGGCCGCCCAGCCCGCCCAUGGGUCACUCAGCCCUCGACGUUCCUCUUAGCUCCAGCGUAUCGCGGAGCAGUCGUCACUCGAUGAACGGAAGUUCACGAAAAGCUGGUUUAUUGGACGAUGUGGGUCCGAGAGCGAGGCUAGCGACGUCCGUCUCGAGUGCGCCAACAGGCGUUUUUGCCCUGCUCACUCGAUCUCUGCAUCCUUACGUUCUGCCGGCCUAUAUUCCUGUGCCGUUCACACAGCAACGAAGAGUUCUGAAGCUCUUGUUGCCCGCGCCACUCGCACGGGCGACGCUCCGCAUGUCAGGUGGCGGAGCGCGGAAGGACAGUAUGAACAAGGACUACCUGCAUCAUCGACCAUUUGCAGCCAAUGGAGGCCCCGUCUAUCCUCGAACGCCUCGACAACGAUUAAUAGCCCGGCUGAAAUCCUGGGCCUACAUCAUUCUGAUCAUCCUGCUGCUCGUCUUCUUCAUCAAGCGGUUACGCUCGUCUCAUCGAUUCCAGAACAUGAAUCUGCCCUUCCAAGGCGAGCCCUCUACGCUAGUGAUGGACAGGCAAGACAUUGCGCGAAUCUGGGCGUGGGAGAUCCAGAAAGGACAAUACCCUUCCAGGCGAAGGAUGCCGCCUUUCGUGGCGCUUGCGCUAGCCAAUACAUCUGUCGUCGUUGCUGGCGCUGCUCACGCUCAGGCGCAAAGACUCACCAAUCCGAGUCUGCCCCGUGUCAUCAACGAUGACGAUGCAUUCGGCUCCCGAUCAAAGGACAAUUCAGUGCAGACUUCAGACGUCAACAGAACACCUCAGAAGAUUGUCGAGCAUCACAGUAUACAGCCCGUAGGCCCGACGCGCCAGUAUAUCGAUAUUGUCACCUCGGCACAAGAGAAGAAGUCUCUGUUAGCCUCGGCUUAUCCGCCCAGACCUACCUUAGACAGCAUCCUCGAUCUCGAUAUCGUCAUGGAUUACUGUGACUUCUCAACGAAUCAAUACGUCCGUGACUGUCUAGAGAUAUUGCGGGCGGGCGGUCAACUUGAUCCACACAAGCAAAUACGAAGAGGUCAAGCGAAAGCAUGGCGUCAUAUUUACACGGAAGAGGCGGAUCUCGAGCAAGAGCUUACAGAUGCUCUUGAUGAGCAUGACGAUCGCGAAUCGGCAGAGACGUAUGAGCCGGACGAUAUCAUGGCUUCGCUCGGUCACAUUGCCCCCUUCUCGCAUACCUCUAUCACUCGGUUAAAGCGGCCGCUAGCCAAAGAUACUGAUGCGCCGGUCGAGCUACCGCGGCAUCCGAAGCGACGGCGUGUUGGUUUUGGCAUUGAUGCGAAACCGCAUCCGACGCAUCCUACUGCUGACCCUAUGUGUGAUCCCGAUAAUCCGCGCAUCUUUCAUGUCUUCUGGGCUGGACCUUUCACAGACAAGCCUUAUGCAGCACUACUGAGCUUCCUCUUCACCCAGAAUCUCGGCCUUCACAUACCGCAUCCCUCGUCGGCAAAGUAUCGCUCAGACGAAGAGAAGUAUGCGCACGAGCGAGAAGACUUUUUGAGCCGAGUGUGCAGACCGCAGAUGUGGAUCUGGAUCAAUCCCGGCCCCGCUGCUUCCGUGCCCAAUCCAGCUGCAAAGUCGCAAAUGCUCGCUUCGUUGAAGAGCAACCCUUGGUCGGCGCCCUUCUUGCAUCCGCGCUUCAGCGAUGUCAUCCGAUUCCAGCUAUGGAACACAACCGAGCAGCUUGACGGCAUUCCAGAGCUGAGAAGCAGCUGGCGACGGCUUCAGCUGUUCAAUUCGGGCGGCGUCAAGUAUGGCUCUUCUCCCACGACGCCAGAAAAGGUCGCAGUCCAAGAAGAGGACGAGGCGGACGCAGUGAUCGACGUCAAGAUGAGCGAUCGCGAGGAUGUCCAAGAGGGGGAAGAUGUCCAGGUCGAGUACAAAGACAAUACGACGAGUGGUGCGAGCUCUAAGAUUGCUGUCAAAAAGUCUGGCGAAGAUGAGCUCUUUGAGCGAUUGGGAUCUGCUUCGUCGAGCGACUAUGAUCGUCUGACGGUCGUCUUGUCCGACAUGGCUCGAUUCGUGCUCUGUCAUCGAUUUGGCGGCGUCUAUCUCGACGCCGAUACGCUGCUGCUCCGCGACUGGGAGGAGAUCUGGGGAUGGCGAGGCAACUUUGCGUAUCGAUGGAGCCGGCUGGAAAAAUACAAUACGGCAGUGCUCAAGCUAGGGCGCAAUAGCGCUUUGGGCAGCUUCUUGUUCAAGAGCGCACUUGCCAACGGACUCGAUUUCCAUCCAAUGACGAUCUCUCGCUACACAAAAGAUGCAAGCGUCGAGGAGCUUUUGCUGCGUUUGCCGGACGCUCUCUUUGAUCCUGCUUGGCUCAACACCGAAUACUUCCAGCGAGAUCGACCAGUCUUUCCUUACCUCAAGCGGUUUGAGGAAUUCUUCGAUCCGCCCAAGGACUCAAACGCUGCGCCAAUCAUCGUUGGAUUCGACGGCUUCUUCAGAGGCGCCUACUCGUCACAUUACCAUAACUUUUGGUGGCUGCCGUUUGAUGCUAGCAGGAAUUGGCCUGAUCUCGGCGCCCGCUUCCGAUCGAGCGAGCGGAGCGCUCGCGAAAAAGCACUGGCAGCGAGGAAAGCAUCGGUAGCAGGCCAAGAUGUCAAGCCGGGCGCAGUCAACUCGAGUCUGACACCGCCGACGUUUACAGAGCAGGAGCUUUACGAUGAUGAUGUGACCAAAGAUGAUCGCGAUCUCAGCUGGUCGGCAGUCAUCAAGCGAACGUUUGAAGCGUUCGUGAGGGGCGACAGGCCGUCUGCGUACGGCGAAUACCUGAAUUGGGGCGACAACGAAGAUCUCGACGACGAAUAAUACCCUACCCUCUGUGAUUAGCAGUGUACUCUACUCCUCUCGCACGCAAAAUGAGGUUGUAAUGCAAUCGGGUACUGUCUGUGUGCAAACAUUAGGCCGUCUUGCCUUGAUGUUGCUGCUGCAACUGAUACAGAGCUGUCGCAUAGCCGGCAGCAUACCAUGCUUGGUUCAUGGCUUGCAGAUAAGGAUCGACUGCAGCAGGCUGCGCUGGCGCCGGCGGCACAGGUCGUGUCGCCUCUGGCUUGGCGACCCCAGGUGAGCGUUUGCGCUUUGUGCUCGGUUGCGUCGGUGGAGUGGCAGCGCUGGGCAUCUCUGAUGUCGCGACACUUGUCGGCUUCGAAGUCGCAGCGUUGUCUGAAUCUGACUCUGAGUCUGAUGCGCUGCUGCUCAAACUGUCACUGCUGCUGCUGCUACUGCUACUGCUACUGCUACUGCUACUGCUACUGCUACCACUGUUUUCGCUGCUGCUGCUGCUGCUGCUG